AUGGGACAUAGAGAAAAAAAUAAGAGAAAAAGAAAACAUGAACGUGAACGUGAUAACGAGAAACGAAAGAAGAAAAAGCAACAGAAACAUCAUGAUCAUAAUUCAUCAAGCUCCGAUUCUGAUAAGGACAAUCGAUUCGAUCGACGUUUGAAUGCAUUACGAGAAGAGAAGAAACGAAAGAAGAAGAAAGAAAAAGAAAAGAAGAAAGAGAUGGAAACUUCGGAGGAAAAAAAAGCCAGACGUUUAGCAAAAAAAUUGAAAAAGGCAGAAAAGGAGUCAGGUUUUACGUUCGAUGAUGAAGCCAAAUAUACUAACACAAAUAAUCCAUUUAACGACCCAAAUUUAACGUCUACUUUUAUAUGGACUAAGAAAUUGGCAGCUGAAGGCAAGGCUGAAUUAUCCCUCAAACAAAUUGAAAAAAUGAAUAGAGAUCGUACUAUGAAGAACUUAGCAGAAAUGGAAGAGCUCAAACGAAAUCGAGAAGCACGAGAUGCGGCUCGGGAAGAUCUAGAAAUGAUCAAAAGGGAUGAGGAAAGACGACAUAACUCGGACUGGUAUGCAACAGAAGAAGGAUUCUUACUUAGUCAGGCUAAAUUACGUACACAGAUCAGGCUAAAAGAGGGACGAGCAAAGCCUAUCGAUUUUCUUGCCAGAUAUAUUAGUUAUGACAACGAAAAGAUUGAAAAUAUAAAAGAUGAAGAAUUCGAGCUUGUUGAUCCAGUAACUUAUCUGAGGGGACUUAAAAUUAGAGAUCUGGAAGAUUUGCUAGAGGAUAUCAAGGUUUAUCGACGAGUGGAUCCAACUGAUAAUUCAGUCUGGUGGACUGAUUUUUGUACAGUUGUUCGGCAUGAAAUACGAAAGCUGUCUAAUGAUGUUAAUUCAACUUACGCGAGAGAAUCAGUUCAUAAUUCUGUGCAGAAUGAUAUUACCAAGCUAUUCAAGGGCAAAACUCAUCAAGAAUUAGCACUGUUGGAAACCCAGAUCAAAAAAAAGAUUCACAGUGGUGAACCUGGCGUAGAUGUAGAAUUCUUGGAAUUUACACUACAGCAUCUUCAUGUAUAUAUGGCAAAAGCUCGUAUUCAUGAGCAACAUCAGGAAAUAUUGCGGUGUAGACUAAAAAAAAUAAAAGAAGAGCAAAAGACUGAAAAGGACAGGCGUGAAUAUGAACCAGAACAGGUCUCCAGACAGGAACGUGGAGAAGGUUCGAAUGGAGUGAAACAGUCAGCUAAGUUAAAAACACUGUCUGUACAACUGGAUGAAUUGGAUGCUAUGGACGAUGAUGUUAAAGAACAGCAAUGGCGGCUUCUAACAGAGGACGAAAUGGAGAUUCUAACACUAGAAAUGUAUGAACGUGGUUUGUAUAGUCCAUCGUAUGGUGACGAAAAAGAAGCUAUGCCAGGUAUCGAGAUUUUGGAUGAAGCAGAAGAUAUCCAGAAACGUGAGGAAAUGAUGGACAAAGCCGAGAAUGGCUCUGCAGCUUCUACAUCGGCUGGUCUAUCGACGGCAGAAGCAGAAAUGGAGUUGAUAGCUCGCCGAGGCAUGACGAAUGAUGAGGCAGCAUUUUCUGUAGAAGCACCACUUGAAGCACAGACUUUUCUUUGGUCUGAAAAAUAUCGACCACGGAAACCAAGAUAUUUCAAUCGUGUACAUACUGGAUUUGAGUGGAAUAAAUAUAAUCAGACUCACUAUGAUAUGGAUAAUCCACCGCCAAAAAUUGUGCAGGGUUACCGCUUUAAUAUAUUCUAUCCCGAUUUAUUAGAUGUCACAGAAACGCCUACGUUCACGGUAACACCAUGCGAUGACCCAGAUUUUGCUGUGAUAAGAUUUCAUGCCGGGCCUCCCUACGAAGAUAUAGCCUUUAAAUGUGUUAAUCGAGAAUGGGAAAUUAGCCAUAAGCAUGGCUACAAGUGUCAGUUUGUUAAUGGUAUAUUCCAGUUAUGGUUUUACUUCAAGAGGUACCGAUAUCGACGCUGA